AUGGAAUAUUUGAAUGAUGUGCGGAUCGCCUUUCUGCAUGAUGCUUCUGCAUCCCCAGAUUCGGCGCAUGGUGACUUUAGAUCUCCAGCGAUGGAUUAUUUUAUGUGGCUGGACCACACAGUUGGAGGGUUUCAUGCUCAGAGUCGCAAGUCCUUGGAGAAAUCCCAUGGGAUCACCUUCGAAGCCCUGCAAAAUGGAAUGUGUCAAGACAUAUUCAUAUUUUUUGAUUGGGUUUCAUAUCACAACGUGCAAUGCAAGGACCACGAUUUCUGCGGGGCAGUGCAAGGCUGCGGCGGUGGAGAAGACAUUCAGCAUUUCCUACAUUCAGUCAAUGUCCAUAUUGACGCACCCAAUGCACCAGAGAAACCAAGUACGAGCAAUGACACGACUGAUCCAAUGAUGACGGGCAAUUCGAGCUCUGAGAUGGUGACUCCGUCCAAUCCAUUCCCGCCAUUUCCAUUGCCAUUCAAUAUUGAUUGCCGCAAGCUCGCUCUGAGUACUCUGGGUGGUUAUGCCCGCCAAAUGCUCAUCGGUGGUUUGGACUAUGGCUACCUGGCCAUGUAG